GAGCCAGCCCCCCCCCCCCCCCCCCCCCGCUUGCUUUCCCAUUAGACUUCGCCGGAGCCCCGCGGCCGGGAGGAGGGAGAUGCGGCGCGAGCUCCUCUGCGUUGCAGAUUUUCAACCAGCAUAAUGUUGGCACUCCAAAUCUGGAGCAAGUAUUGUACAGCAUGGCGCAAGCAGAAAGCAGUCUUGACCAUGACCUACCACUGUUACUCCUGCCACCUUACUGGGCAAAAACCGUUGUCGGCCUCCUAUCUGUUGUCUGCUUUGUGAACAGCUAUGAUGGUGAUUUUGUCUUUGAUGACUCAGAAGCUAUCAUCAAUAAUAAGGACCUCAGGGCAGAGACUCCGAUUGGUGAUCUGUGGCAUCAUGACUUUUGGGGCAGCAAACUCAGUAGCAAUACCAGUCACAAAUCCUAUCGACCACUUACUGUGCUAACAUUCAGGAUUAAUUACCGUUUGGCCGGAGGCUUCCAUCCAUUGGGCUUUCAUAUCAUCAAUAUAAUACUCCAUUGUGUUAUCUCUGUCUUAAUUGUUGACGUCUUCUCAAUAUUAUUGGGUGGGCUCCAGUACACCAAUAAAGGAAGACGACUAAACUUUGUUCCCAAAUCAUCCCUACUAGCUGCAUUGCUGUUUGCUGUACAUCCCGUGCACACUGAAUGUAUUGCAGGGAUUGUUGGCAGAGCAGACCUGUUGUGUGCCCUGUUCUUUUUGUUGUCUUUCCUUGUCUACUGCAAGUCGUUUAGAGAAAGUAAGGAACGGUCCCAUUUUUCUACAGCCUGGGUCUUGUUGAGUGUUCUUCUCGGUGCUACAGCCAUGCUGUGCAAAGAACAAGGGAUUACAAUACUGGGUUUAAAUGCUCUUUUUGAUGCUGUAGUGAUUAACAAGCUCAAUAUUUUGGAAAUCCUAUUGAAGAUACUUCGUAAGGAUAAGUCAUUGGAGAGCCUGGUGGUUUUUAAAAAAGGACUCCUUUUCAGGAUGACACUCCUGUUAUCUGGAGGAGCCACCGCACUGUAUGUGCGCUGGCGAAUUAUGGGCACAGGACCUCCAGCAUUUACUGAAGUGGAUAACCCGGCUUCAUUUGCGGAUAGUCCACUUGUAAGGGCUAUAAACUAUAAUUACUACUAUUCGUUGAAUGCAUGGUUGCUGCUGUGUCCCUGGUGGCUGUGUUUUGAUUGGUCAAUGGGCUGCGUGCCCCUUAUUAAAUCAGUCAGUGACUGGAGAAUAAUUGCACUAGGAGUUCUUUGGUUCUGCCUAAUUGCUCUGAUGUGCCAAGCCUUGUGCUCCGAAGACAGCCAGAAGAGAAGGAUCCUCACAUUGGGACUGGGAUUUCUCAUUAUUCCUUUUCUUCCGGCGAGCAACCUAUUCUUUCGAGUUGGAUUUGUUGUUGCAGAAAGAGUCACCUACUUGCCCAGUAUUGGCUAUUGCAUGUUGAUAACAUAUGGAUUCAGUCUGUUGAACAAACAAGUUAAGAACAAGAAAUUACUAGUCGCUGCUCUACUGGGCCUCUUGGUGAUCAACGUCUGGCGUUGUGUUAUCCGCAGUAACCAGUGGAGAUCAGAAGAGCGACUUUUUAGGAGUGCUUUGUCAGUGUGUCCGCUGAAUGCCAAAGUUCAUUAUAAUGUUGGCAAAAACUUGGCUGAUAAAGGGAACCAAACGGCUGCAAUCAACUAUUAUAGGGAGGCGGUAAGAUUGAAUCCAAAGUAUGUGCAUGCCAUGAACAACUUGGGAAAUAUCUUGAAAGAAAGGAAUGAACUACAGGAAGCUGAAGAGCUUUUGCUGCUUGCUGUACAAAUUCAACCUGAUUUUGCAGCAGCAUGGAUGAAUCUAGGAAUCGUGCAGAAUAGUUUGAGAAGAUACGAAGAAGCAGAGCAAAGCUAUUGGACUGCAAUUAGGCACAGAAAAAAAUACCCGGAUUGUUACUAUAAUUUAGGCCGCUUGUAUGCCGAUCUCAACCGCCACAUAGAUGCACUGAACGCCUGGAGAAAUGCCACUGUUCUGAAACCUCAACACAGUUUGGCUUGGAACAACAUGAUUAUACUGCUUGAUAAUACAGGUAACUUGGCACAAGCAGAAGCUGUUGGAAGAGAGGCUUUGGAGUUAAUACCUAAUGACCACUCUCUCAUGUUUUCAUUGGCAAAUGUAUUGGGAAAAUCACAGAAAUAUAAGGAAUCCGAAGCUUUGUUCCACAAGGCAAUUAAAGCCAAUCCAAGUGCAGCCAGUUACCAUGGUAAUUUGGCUGUGCUGUACCAUCGCUGGGGGAAUCUUGACUUAGCCAAGAAACACUAUGAAGUCUCUCUGAAGCUUGAUCCCACAGCAGCUGGGACCAGGGAAAACUAUAGCCUUUUAAAAAGGAAGCUGGACCAACUGCAAAAAAGGGGCGAUGUCUGAGGUUGCUUCUCAGGCUUUGAAUGCACAGUGCAUACCAUUUAUUAGUAACAUGGCUACUAAUCACCCGGGAGAAGCAUUCAGUCACACUGUCAUUUAAAAACAACAGGGGAAAAAUACCCUUAAUUAUAGCACCAGCAGCAGAUGCUCAAAUAUUUCGUGGAGCCUGGCGUCAGAAGUAAAUGAUUUUUUUAAAAAAAUAAUAAUAACCCUACUUUAUAAGUUUACAUUCAGAGAAUUAAAGGGUUUGUGCUCCUCUUUUUACAUUUCUGAAGCAGCUUUACAAUAUGUAGAGUAUUUCCAUUCUGAUACCCAGAGAGCUUGCUCUAAUAUGAGACUAAAUAAAAAUAAAGAUCGAGGCAUAUUCAA